AUGGCGCUCGGCCGCGGCAGCGCCGGCCCAGGCGGCGGCUGGAGGAAGCGGAAGCGGAGAGCGCGGCUGCCGUCUCCGCCGCCGCCGCCAGCUCGGGAGAAGCAGAUCCGUCUGCGCCUAAGAGGCGGUAACGGCGGGGCCGGAGCUCCUCCGCGGCCGCCCGUUCCGCGAGGAGCGGCCCCGGCGGGCGGCUCCUGCUGCCGGGAGCCCGACCCGCCGCUCGGAGAGCUGCGAGCAGCCGAUGAGGGCCGAGGAACCGCAGUGCCAGCCCGCCCUCCUCCCACGGGCAGGCGGCGCCGCCCGAGAGCGGGAAAUCGCUGCCAGGGGAUUGGCCCCCGGGGUGGCGCCGCCCGCCCGGCUCCGCGAGCUUCCCCGCGCCUGGGCUGCGUGGGCGCUUUGGCGGGGGUUUCAUUUCUUCAGCGGAGGAGCGCUGCCUGGAAGAGGAACCUGCCUAACGCGGAAGGCAGGAACGCUCCUUCCGUGGGGCCGCGCUUGCCGCCCUGCGGGUGCGGAGCGGGAGCGGAAGCCAUGGAAGGCGCCGGCGGCAGAGGGGAGCGGGGCAGGCGGGGGCCGCGGCCAGUAGCCCCGCGGGGCCGGGGUGCGGCGAGGGGCGCAGCCCGCAGCCCCUCGCGGGGCCGGGGCGGAGGCGCAGGUGCUGUCGCGACCCCUCGGGCGCGGCGGAGGGGCGGAUCCACCGUCCGUCGUGGGCGCCCGUCGCGGCGAGCCUCCCCUGUCAGGAGCCCGGCGGCGGCGGCGGCGGGCGGCGGAGAAGCGCCCCCCGCGCCUCGGAGCAGGGCACCGGCCGCCAGAGCCCGAGCGGCGGUGGCCGACGGGGCUGUCGCCGCCCGCCCCCCCGCCCCGCCGGGCGCCCUGCGCCUCCGGGAGGUGCUGUCGCGGCUCACCCUGGGCCGCCAGGACGUGUCCGAGGCGUCGGGGCUGGUGAACGAGGUGGUCUCGCAACUGAUCCAGGCCAUCCGGAGCCGGGACGGCAGCUUCAGCUCCAUCGCCCGGCUGGGCGCCGGCAGCUACUACGAGCACGUCAAGAUAUCUGAACCAAAUGAGUUUGACAUCAUGCUUGUAAUACCUGUUAAAAGACUUCAGCUGGAUGAAAGCGAUGAUACUGGAGCCUAUUAUUAUCUAACAUUCAAAAGAAAUCCAAAAGAAAAGUACUUGUUGAAGUAUUUAGAUGAAGACGGAAAAUUAUCAGCUUUUAAAAUGCUUCAAGCACUACGAGAAAUCAUUAAACAAGAAGUGAAAAACAUUAAAAAUGUGGAAGUAACUGUGAAAAGGAAAAAGGCUGGAAGCCCUGCAAUAACUCUUCAGAUCAAAAAUCCUCCAGCAGAAAUAUCAGUGGACAUCAUCUUGACUUUGGAAGUUCAGCACAGCUGGCCAGCCAGCACAGAGGAUGGACUCAAAAUUGAACAGUGGCUGGGAAGAAAAGUCAAGGGAGAAUUCAGAAAAAAAGCACUUUAUUUAGUAGCCAAACAAAACAAAAAAGAAAAGGUUCUAAGAGACCACUAUCACACCAAGCCUACACUACUUUGCAGAAACAUCCCAACUUGUCAUUGCAUUAUGAGAAUCGAUGAUUUCAGCAACAAGAGAAACACCUGGCGACUCUCCUUCUCGCAUGUUGAGAAGGCCAUGAUGAACAACCACGGCAGCUCAAAGACAUGCUGUGAAUCUGAUGGACCAAAGUGCUGCAGGAAAGGUUGUCUUAAGCUAAUGAAGUAUCUUCUAGAACAACUUAAAAUGAAAUAUACAAAAGAGUUGGAAAAAAUCUCUUCGUAUCAUGUCAAAACUGCUUUCUUUCACUCGUGUGUCACGUGGCCAAAAGACACAGACUGGCAUUUGGGAGACCUGGAUCAUUGCUUUCAGAAAUACCUGGGCUAUUUUCUGGAUUGCCUGCAAAAGUCUCACCUGCCACACUUUUUUAUUCCUCAAUACAACUUGCUCAGCCUGGAAGAUAAAGCGAGCAGUGAUUUCCUUUCAAGAGAAAUACAAUAUCAACUGAACAACAGAUUCCCCAUUUUUCAGGGGAGGUAUUAAAAACAUUGUUUACAGUAACUACCUAAUCAUGUAGAUUUGCAUAUUUAAAACUAAGUUUAGGUGCAGAGCUUCAGUUUUCAGUAGCUGGAUACUACAAAAAUGAAACAAAAUUAAGAACACUAAAAGAAAAUUGCCUAAGUCAUGCUGCUUAGUCAUAACCCUUCAAAGAAUUUGGACAUUUUAAGUAAUAUUUAUCUUCCCUAUUGAAAUGUAGAUGUCACCUGCAAAAUAUCUUCAAGGUAUACUACAAAUGUAAAGAAGAAUCUGCAAUAGUUAAUUUCCUGAAUGUAAUUUCUAUGAUUCCAAAUAUAAAGGCAUCAAUGACUGGGUGAAGUGAAAAAUGGCAGCUUUAUUUAAAAUUAAAAUCCACUGCAGAAUA